AUGAGCUUGAGUUUUAGUGCUCCCAAGUGGCCUAAAACUUUCAUUCCUCGAACCCUCAAUAGGCCUUGUGAGUGCUUGUUCCCGUCCAUACCACAACCUUCUCAACAAGCCCUGGAUAAUUACGUGGCUUGGGCCCACUUAAGCUUGUACCGUGGCUUGUUCUUCAUCACACCCAGGUUCGGAGAAUCCUUGGAAACGAGAAAUCGCCGAGGGGCAUCAUCCAUAACCACUAGUUGGUUAAGCGCGGAGAAACCGUUUGCAACCACUGGGAGGGGCAACUGUUCUCCUUUAAAAACCCCAAAUUUCUUGAACUUCCCCUUCAAUUCAUCGAAGGCCAUGUUUGACAAGGUCACUUCGCGAGGCGUAGAGCAACUUGGAGAGAAAAUUGCAAGGCAGUUCCCUCUUCUCUCGAUUUGGCAAGCUGCUGGAAAAGACACAAUCGAGGGUAGUGAUAUCUGUGACUCAGUUGGCUUUACCAUUGCAUCCACCGAUCUCCCGCCAAUCAUGAUGGACUAUCUCUAUUCCAUGGAUGACAAUCUUAAAGCAGAAUGA